GCAUGGCACUUGUAGUCGCAGUGUAGAGCGAGGAGCAGCUGUUCGACGCUCAUGCGCACGUGUAUGUGUGUGUAUGCACGUCUCCCAUUUCUUACAGGUGGAUACCGGUGUGUUAGUGAUACCUUCAUAUUGUUUGUUUCGUAGAGAUGUUAAGUACAUAACGAUCCUUGAUUUGGGUGGACUGACUGACAAAACGAGAGUUAAGUUCGUAAAACGAGCGAAGAAAAAGGGGACACACCAAAAAGAUUUGGAAAGAAAAGGGAGAUAACAAAAUGUGUAUGUUUAGCGACGUGGAACGUGUGUGUGAUGUGGUGCAUAAACUGAAUAGGAACGUUUGUUAAUGACAUAAUUACAGUAUCGAAUAACGAGAGGAAGGGAAAGCUGAAAGGAGAAUAAAUCUAACAGACCAAAAAUAGGUCUUGAUAGUGUAAUUACCAGUAUGAUGACACAAUUAGAUGUGAUUUUCAUUACUUACAGAUUCGCUUUGCGCGGCAGAUCUCCGGAUAUGAGAUCAACGAUGGCGAGAGACACUUCGAAGAAAUUUAACUGCUGUUUGGUCAGCUGCCAGUAAGAACAAAGCCUGGGGGGAACCUGCUGUUAAAUCGAUAUAGCCGGGAACGAAGGCGCUGUUCAGACGUCAACAUAAGUCAGAAUCACACCAACCGAGUAUUCAUCUUGCAAGAUCUUGGCAUCAAACUCAUGAUCCUCACAUAUCCUGGUUCUAAAAUCAGGAUAUAACAACCAAUAUUUAGUGUGCAAAGCCAUCCACCGCCCAUUUGUCCAAGAUGUUGGCCGUGGCUGUCGUAAAUAACCAUGAGGGAGGCGUCGGGAGCGGGUGCGGCCGACCUGCAGACGACGAGGACCUCCUGCUGACACGUCUCCGGCAGAUGCAGAAUACGUUGCGCGAGUGCCACUGGAGACUCGACCGAACAGAUCGCUGGGCUGAGUCGCUCUUUCUGAAGGGCGAGAAGGAGGGGGCGGGGAAAGACCUCUCGGCGCCGCAUUUAAACGGGAAGGAAGACCCCCUGGAAUGCGACCCAUGCUUCAAGGGAGGAGACAUGCUCGUAGGUGUUUGUGAUGAUAAAAAACCUCGACAGAAGGGACUGGUAGUCCGAGAGGGCGUGUGCAAAGAGUCCAUCAUCGAAUCCGAGGUGGUGGAGGAGCUGGUGCUGAGGAAGGAAUGGGAAUACGGAUUUGAUGAUUAUGACGAUCUGUUAAUCAAAGACAUCAAUCAGAGAGAAGUAGAGGACACCAAAGACGCAGCGAAAGAGGGAAAAGAUCUCUCGACGACAAAACCGAGACUCGAACGCCAAAACUCGCUAGACGUAGAGGACGAUCACCUCCCUGCUCAUCCGCCGAAAUCCGGGUCGAACGAUCAAUGUGUAGAGGACGCUAAGGUGAACGGAAUCCAGGGGAUGCCAACAGCAGACCAGGAAAGUUCUUCGCUUCCUCGGGAUUUCGACGAGAACGAGAUGCUACGUUUCUUAAAUGCAAAUCAAGUUCCCUGCGAAUGUGAAAUCGAGACGAAGCCUAGUAAGACGCCAGGAUUAAAUUGGAGAAAGUUCAAGGGAGACAUGCGCCAGGCAAACAUUCUUGAAGAGAGUUUCGAUUUUAGCUUGGGCAUUGCUCUCUUCAAGCAUCUCGAUUAUGUGGAGGAAACACUCGAAAAUCUCAGACUCCAAUUUUUUACCCUGAAACACGCCAUCACCCACAACACCCCAGAGGACCCAGAGUUCGAUCUCGUUUUUCCGGACCUCUGGAUGCCAACCGACCGGAAGGAACCUGAAACCCAAGAAUCGGAGAGCAGGAGAAAACCCAGACACCAGGAUCCUACUGGCAAAACGGUAUCUGAGGAUCCUGCAGAUAAAGAGGAGUCUGAACACCUGAAACCCGAAGCUCAAACAGUCCCGGAACCUCAAAAUAGAAAUGAAUUCUCCUGCAGUACGAAUAACAAAAGCGAAUUGGCUGAGGCAAAAGACGAGGAAAAUAUGUGUGCGAACUCAGCAACUCAAGAAAAGACCCCAUCCUCGGUUUCUGCAGAAGAGGAUUUAGAAGGAACGACUUCUAACGUAGCGGAGGACAAGGAAAAGAAACAGAUAGUUCUCGUCGACGCCAGGCGAUACGAGGACUUCCAGCGAUGUUUAAUGACAGUGUUGGUAGUGUUCUUCCUUCUCCUGGUGUUGCUCCUCCUGGCCUGCUACCUCCUCGUGGUCGUGCCCUUCGUCACCGUCUCCUACAGACACGCUGAAGGAACGGCUGUGUUUUGAUCUCCUUUCCCAAGGGCGGUGAAAUAUACCUCGUCCUGUCUGUUUUUGAUGACGGACUUUCGUGAUUUCACAGACACUGAUUUGAAAUAUGUAUUCUCAUAUUUUAGAUGAUCGUGAAAUGGAAUAAAUGAGUAAAGAAAUGUCUUGUAU